AUGGAUUAUCGAGGCGUCCUCAUCUUGGUCGACGGUUACAUGAAGUCCAGCUGGGGUUGUGUUUCUAUGGCUAACGCGGAGGAAUACAUUGAUGAAACAAACACUGGAGCUUUGGCAGAAAUUUUAAUAAGAUCUCGAUCGACCAGUCCAAAAAAGAGAAGUCCUCGCCGACAUCAAUCAAAAGAUCAAAGCAAGAGCCGAUCUCCAAAAAAGCCACAUCAGAAAGAUCUCGAUCGUGGGGAGAUUGCGACCGCUCACCAAAAAGGCGAAGGCCAUCACCAUCUCCUAAGCGUAAAGCUUCUCCAGAAAGACGAAGACGAUCUCGAUCACCAAAGCGUCAUGCCAGUCUUGCACGGCGGCAACCCAGAUAAAUCGGGCGAGCAAUUUCAACGAUUGAAUUGGGAGCGUCUGAAGAAAAAGAUCCACGGUCUCGUCAAUAAAGUCAACGCCAGCAAUCUUGUCGGAAUUGUGCGAGAGCUUCUUCAGGAAAACAUGAUUCGCGGAAAGGGGCAUAUU